AUGGGUAAAGGAAAGCCAAGAGGUCUCAACGCCGCUCGCAAACUUCAAAACCAUCGUCGCGAGCAAAGAUGGGCUGAUUUGUCCUACAAGAAGCGUGCCUUGGGUACCGCUUUCAAAUCUUCGCCAUUCGGAGGUUCUUCCCACGCUAAGGGUAUCGUUCUCGAGAAGGUCGGAGUCGAGGCCAAGCAACCUAACUCCGCCAUCCGAAAGUGUGUCAGAGUCCAGUUGAUCAAGAACGGAAAGAAGGUCACUGCUUUCGUUCCUAACGAUGGUUGUCUCAACUUCGUCGAUGAGAACGACGAGGUUCUCCUCGCUGGUUUCGGUCGUAAGGGAAAGGCAAAGGGAGAUAUUCCCGGUGUUCGUUUCAAGGUCGUCAAGGUCUCUGGUGUUGGAUUGUCCGCGUUGUGGAAGGAGAAGAAGGAGAAGCCAAGAUCAUAA